GACAAGGAAAGGUGUACGUUGAAGAAAAAAUGGGCAGCAUAUGAGGGCAGAGGACAGUAGGGAAGUCAGCCGCGCCCCCCCCCCCCCCCACCGGGCCAGGAGAGAGAGGGUGAUGCCAGGCAGAUCCACUACAGAUUGGAGAGAGGCCCUUCUUUUCACUUCUUCUGUCUCCACGACACUUGGCACAUAUGAGCCCGGGCCUGGCUUGAGAGGGUCAGGAAAGGGGCUCUUCAUCCCAGCAUCUCCAUACAAACACGAAGUCCUUUCUUUGAUCUUUCCCUCAUCCCCUGUGUUGCAGGACUGGGCCAGGGCCGAGGCUAGGAAGAAUGACACUGUGCUCAGUGGAGCCCCUCUUGACAGAAAAGGGCCUCAUUCCUUCAGUGUUUGCUGACCCAGGGGAUCAGACCCCAGUCUCCAAUCCCUCCUCCUCUUAGCUCCCCAGCUCUGACCCCCUGUAGGUGGCAGGGAGUGGGGGGGGGCAGUCCUUGCCACAUCUCUGAGCUAAAUAUACCCUAGCAGUUUGCACAUGUAGCAACUCUGCUUGUAACCUGAGCCCCUUGGGGGAACGGGCAGUUUGGGCCACCCCCUAGGCCAGCAGGGGCAGGCACUGAGGGCGCCGGGAUGGAGGCGUCCAACCGGACCCUCGUAGUGGGAUCAGCAGAGUCCUAUACCAGCCGUCCGUCAGACUCCGAUGUGUCUCUGGAGGAGGACCGAGAAGCCUUAAGGAAGGAGGCAGAGCGCCAGGCAUUAGCCCAGCUCGAGAAAGCCAAGACCAAGCCAGUGGCAUUUGCUGUGAGGACAAAUGUCGGCUAUAACCCAUCUCUAGGGGAUGAGGUGCCUGUUCAGGGAGUGGCCAUCACCUUCGAGCCCAAGGACUUCCUGCACAUCAAAGAGAAAUACAAUAAUGACUGGUGGAUUGGGCGACUGGUGAAGGAGGGCUGUGAGGUUGGCUUCAUCCCCAGCCCUGUCAAACUGGACAGCCUGCGCCUGCUGCAGGAACAGAAGCUGCGCCAGAACCGCCUCAGCUCCAGCAAAUCAGGUGACAACUCCAGCUCCAGUCUGGGAGACGUGGUGACUGGCACCCGCCGCCCCACGCCCCCUGCCAGUGGUAAUGAAAUGACUAACUUAGCCUUUGAACUAGACCCCCUGGAGUUAGAGGAUGAGGAGGCAGAGCUCGGUGAGCAUAGUGGCUCUGCCAAGACUAGCGUUAGCAGUGUCACCACCCCGCCACCCCACGGCAAGCGCAUCCCCUUCUUCAAGAAGACAGAGCAUGUGCCCCCCUAUGACGUGGUACCUUCCAUGAGGCCCAUCAUCCUGGUGGGACCGUCGCUCAAGGGCUAUGAGGUUACAGACAUGAUGCAGAAAGCUUUAUUUGACUUCUUGAAGCAUCGGUUUGAUGGCAGGAUCUCCAUCACUCGUGUGACAGCGGACAUCUCCCUGGCUAAGCGCUCAGUCCUCAACAACCCCAGCAAACACAUCAUCAUCGAGCGUUCAAACACACGCUCCAGCCUGGCUGAGGUUCAGAGCGAGAUCGAGCGAAUCUUCGAGCUGGCCCGGACCCUUCAGUUGGUUGCCCUGGAUGCCGAUACCAUCAACCACCCAGCCCAGCUCUCCAAGACCUCACUGGCCCCCAUCAUUGUUUACAUCAAGAUCACCUCUCCCAAGGUUCUUCAGAGGCUCAUCAAGUCUCGAGGGAAGUCUCAGUCCAAACACCUCAAUGUGCAAAUAGCAGCCUCGGAGAAGCUCGCGCAGUGUCCUCCCGAAAUGUUUGACAUCAUCCUGGAUGAGAAUCAACUGGAGGAUGCCUGCGAGCAUUUGGCCGAGUACUUGGAAGCCUACUGGAAGGCCACACACCCGCCCAGCAGCACUCCGCCCAAUCCGCUGCUGAACCGCACCAUGGCUACUGCAGCCCUUGCUGCCAGCCCUGCCCCUGUCUCCAACCUCCAGGGACCAUACCUUGCUUCCGGGGACCAGUCACUGGAACGGGCCACCGGGGAGCACGCCAGCGUGCACGAGUACCCGGGAGAGCUGGGCCAGCCCCCAGGCCUUUAUCCCAGCAGCCAGCCGCCAGGCCGGGCGGGCACCCUGCGCGCACUGUCCCACCAAGACACGUUUGAUGCCGACACCCCUGGCAACCGAAACUCUGCUUACACGGAGCUGGGAGACUCGUGUGUGGACAUGGAGACUGACCCCUCCGAGGGGCCAGGGCUUGGAGACCCUGCAGGGGGCAGCACCCCACCAGCCCGACAGGGAUCCUGGGAGGAUGAGGAAGACUAUGAAGAGGAGCUGACCAACAACCGGAACCGCGGCCGGAAUAAGGCGCGCUAUUGCGCGGAGGGCGGGGGUCCAGUCCUGGGACGCAACAAGAAUGAGCUGCAGGGUUGGGGGCGGGGCGUCUACAUCCGCUGAGAGGCGGGGGCCACACAGUGGGAGGAAGGGCUCUGAGCCCAGGGGAGGGGCGGGACAGAGGGGCUCACCACUGCGGAUGUAUCUUGCCUCCAGGGGGCGCUGUCCCCCUCCUUUCAGAUGCCUUUGCUCAAUGUUUGGGGUUUCUUUGGUGGUAGCAUUCCAACCAGCUCCUGAGACUCCCUUAAGCCUCAGCGGUAGGUUUUUACCUACAUGUUGUAGGUGCAUGGGGGGAUGACAACCUUCCUGCAGUAUCCCCUUCCCCACCUCAGGGGGCUCUCUCCCCUCGCCCAGAGAAAAGGUGCAGUUCCUUAACUCCUUCUACUCCAGGCUUUAAAUGAGUGUCCUAAAAUGGGGUGGCCCUUUCUUUUUCCAACCUGGAGUAUUUGGGAAGGGUGGGGGGCUUUUCCUGGUGAGGGAGACCACAGACUCUUUCCCAUGAGGGCUGUCUUCCCCAAGCCCCAGAUCCAGGGUCCUUCACCAUGCCCACCCCUCCCCCUAGCUUCCUGGCAGCAUUGUCUGGGAGGUGAAAGUUACAGCAUUGGAAACCCCACCGGGAUCUCGUCUUCGGGAGUGGUCUGGGUAGAAGCUGGCAGGCAUCAGAUGUAGUGCCCUGUGCCCGCCCAGGACCUAGAACCCUGAGGAGGGGGCAACCCGAGAUGCUGCUACCCCCACCACCACCUCCAUGCCUCAAGGCUUUGCCUACCCCAGGAAUGAGCUUUGCCUACAACAUCCCUUGCCUGCAGCCAUCAGAAGAGGGGGCCCCUCUCCAUCUGAGCCCCCCCAUCCCCUUGUCACCUGGGUGUGGAGCCCAUGGAACACUCUGGUCCAGCUCAUUUUGAAACCAAAAAACUGCUUCACUUUCACCCUGAGGCCCCAGGGGAGAGGGUAAUUGUCACCCCUGGGGCCUCAGGACCUCGGAUCCCCCCGGGGGGCUUAGCUGCUGCUGUUGCUGCUCUGUAUCUGCCUCUUGUGAUCCCGUCCUUUACCCAUGUCCACGCCCCCCAGGAGAGGCCUUGGUACCCCCUCUGCCCUGGAUCGUCCCUCUGCCUAGCAUCUCGUAGCCCAGCAGCCCCGUCCCCCACCCCCACCAGCACCCAGCUGGGCCAGAGAGAGCCGAUUGUGCCAACGAGGACUGGGCCCUGCCCGGCUGCCCGCCUCAGGGAUGGGUGCCUCAUGCCUGUCUCGCCACCUCCUGUGCCAAUGUUGUCCCACCCCCCACCCCCACCCGGGGGUGGGGUGCAGCUUCCACUUACUGGUUAGAAGAGACCACUGCCCAACCUUUCCCCUUCCUGUCUGGUGUCCUGUGCCCCCAUCUGUCUGUCUGUUCGUCUGUACUCCCCUAGGAGAAGUAUUUUGCCACAUAUAAAACCGCCAUCCUGUCCUUUGCGGCCA